CGUACCGAUUCAAAUCUGCCGCAAGCAGAAUCAAGUUAUAGUCUACGCACUUCGCAGGUGUAGUAGCUAACAGUACCACCAGUGAGACGCAAAUUCUUCGAGUCCGGUACCUUGCUGAGUUUUUUAGUGUUGUCAGACUGACCCGUGGAGCCAUGAAGUACUUGACAAGUGCAGAAGUGUUUGUUUUUGUUUUACAAAAAGCGACUGCCCUUCAGUGUUGGAGUUGCUCCAGCGACAUAGACCCACAAUGUAGAGACACGUUCAACCAAUCGGAAAUUUUAUCCAGAAGAAGCGGCGAUUCACUGUACAACAACUUACAACAAAAUUAUGACAGACAACGAAAUGACCCCAACUACUACAACCAAGGACAAUAUAAUCCCAACUUGAACAACCAGCGGCAGUAUGAUCCCAACUUCAACAAUCAAAGGCAGUUUGACCCGAACUUCAACCGUGGACAAGUACCUUUCAACCAGAACUUCAAUCCCAAUUUCAUCAACGGGAGAUCCCCGAGACUGGAAGUUUGUGACGAAAAUGAAGCCAGGAAUAGGAGGAUGAAGAAUGUAUGUUUGAAGGAAGUUGUUAAAGGUAACAACUAUGUUAGCAUUGUUCGUCGAUGUGAACUGAUUCCCUUAGAAGCUUCUGUCGGCACUUGUCAGCAGAACGUCAAUAAGGGACUCUACUUGGGAUUUUGCGAGUAUUGCGACUAUGACGGAUGCAACUCAGCUACUGGUCUGAGAACCAACUUAUUUUUAGCAGCCGUCGCAACAUCUGUACUUAUGUUUCUCCGUUACUAAUUGAUUAUCAAUUAUUUGUUAUUAGUUGUUUCCAAUGCAAGUUGUUAUUCCUUUUGCAAUAGAACAUACACAAACGACCUUAGUUAUUACCAGAACUUUCCAGUAGGAAAGUAUAUAUUGAAAAAGAAUAUGGGGAAUGAGUUGUGUUUAACAUGGAUGAAUACAAAAAUCAUAUUUUCCACAAAUGGGUGUUAGUUUGUAGAAUCUUUGUGAAAAUUCUUUUUAAAUAUUAUUUGCAGAAGUGUAUGAACAGUUACCUCAUUUACAUUUAACAAUAGUUGUGCUUGCAUGAUAAAAGCUACAUUUUUCUUCUCUAUUUGAUAGGUACUUGUUUUGUUCAAAUUAGAGUUUAAGCACCUGCAUUUAUUCUGAAAACAAAGUUUUAUGUAAAUAAAAACAAUAUUUAGGAUUACGUUAUAUUAACAGUAAGCUAGAUUUAGUGAACCUGUGUAUCAUGUAGUAAGAGACUACCAUGCUACAAUCAAUAAAAUUUUUCAAUGAUG